AUGAUAAUCCGCUCGUGCAGGUUGUUUUCUGGGCUUUUUAGGUGUGCCAUCAGGCCCUCAUGUAGGCUCCAGCGCGAUUUCACUUCCAUACGGAAUGUUGCAGUCGUGGCACAUGUGGAUCAUGGCAAGACGACACUCGUCGACGGGCUUCUACGCUGUAGCGGCGAACAAUUGACGCACAGUCGUGCCAUGGACAGCCACGAACUAGAGAAGGAGAGAGGCAUCACCAUAUGUUCUAAGGUGACUCGAGUUGAAUGGUCUGGCCAUACGUUCAACAUUGUAGACACGCCCGGCCACGCGGAUUUCGGAGGAGAGGUAGAACGUAUACUGAACAUUGUAGACUGUGUAUGCCUUCUGGUAGAUAUCGUGGAAGGGCCAAAACCUCAGACGACAUUCGUGUUGCGCAAGGCGCUGGAGAACCCGGAUCUUAAGGCGGUUGUUGUGGUCAAUAAAUGUGACCGCGACUGUAACAAAACGCGGAGUGACAUAGAAAAUGAACUCUUCGAACUGUUUGUAGACUGCGGAGCUUCAGACGAACAACUUGAGUUCCCGAUUCUUUUUGCGUCGGCAAAGGAAAAUUGGGUCUCAUCGUCUUACCCGGUCGACCGACACCAAGUGUCAGGGACAUCAAAGAUUCUUGAAUGCUUAUCGCAUGUGGCGCCGUCGCCUAAGGUGUCGAAGCACACAAAUUUCACGCUACAGGUAUCGCUGCUCGAUUUCGAAGAGGGCUGUGCACUUAUAACCGGUAAGAUUAACAGCGGCAGCAUUCAGAAGGGUGCAACGCUGCAUAUAAAGGACUGUAGCAACAAGUUGAAGGGGCACACUGUGGUUAAGGAUAUCUUUGUAGCAAAGCACAAUGGAAAGGUAAGGUUGAACGGUGUUGCGCAGGUGGGUGACAUUGUCACCAUACAGUGCCAUAAGGGCAUUACUCCCGAAAUAAAUGACACGCUGGGAGAUUCCACAGAGUUUGAACCUAUCCCGCCGGUUAAAAUCUCCGAACCGGUUAUUUCCGUGCUUGUAUCUGCAAAUACCAGCCCAUUGGCAGGAACUGAUGGCAAGUUGCAGACCACAGCCGAAAUUGGAAAAAGGCUGAAGCAUGAAGCUAAGCGUAAUCUCACCUUACGUAUAGAAGAAACUGCGGGAAAAGAUGGCUACUAUAUUAAGGGGCGCGGAGAACUACAGAUCGGGGUCCUUCUGGAAAAUAUGCGACGCGAAGGAUUCGAGAUGACCGUAUCGCCGCUUGCUGCGGUCACCACCGUGGGUGAAGAUGGGGUAGAAAUGGAGGCGGUGCAACAACUAGUUGUUCUGUGCCCAAGUGAAAUGGCGCCAAAUGUAGUAGACCUACUCGCGUCACGCGGUGUCGAGGUCUUAUCAUAUUCAGACUGUCGCGGAGGGACUGAGAAAAUAACGCAGCUGGAAUUUCAAGGUUCAACGUCACAGUUGCUUGGUUUGAUGAUUGCCCUGCGUGACAUUACACGAGGGCGCGGAGAGAUAUCUUUGACUACAGUUGACUACAAACCUUACGAAAAAGACACACGGAAUCUGCGAAAGAACGGCUCACUUAUAUCGAGCUGUAUGGGUGUCGCUACUCCGUUUGGACUCGAACCUGCUAUGUCUAAGGGCACACUCUUUAUCUCAGAAGGAACCCGUGUCUACGAGGGGAUGGUAAUCGGGGAAUCCGGUACCGACAAAGACAUUCACCUUAACGUCGUUAGAACCAAACCCGUCACGGGAAUGCGCAACAAAGGCGGAGAGCAAAUCAUAAAGAUCGUCUGCAAGCAGCUUACUGUGGAACAAGCUCUGGCGUAUCUAAGCCGAGAUGAGCAAUUAGAGCUCACACCCAAGAGAAUCGUUAUCCGUAAAAAGGUGUUAAAUAAACGUUAA